AUGGAGGAUGCUAACCAAACCGGGACAGUUCACUUCCACUUCCGCCCCUUCUCCAAGGUCCCAGAGGUGCAAAUGCUCAUUUUCGUGAGCUUCCUGCUUAUGUAUCUGUUCAGCAUCAGCGGCAAUGUGUCCAUUGUCAUUGUCAUCUGGCUCUACCGUUGUCUCCACACCCCCUUGUACUUCUUUCUGGCAAACCUGGCAGCUUUGGAGGUCUUCUACUCUUCAACCAUCGCCCCUCUGACUCUGGCCAGUGUCCUGGCCACUGAGAGAACCCUCAUUUCCCUGUCUGGCUGUGGUGCCCAGAUGUUCUUCUUCAUCUUUCUUGGCAGUGCUGACUGCAUCCUGCUGGCCGUCAUGGCCUACGACCGGUUUGUGGCCAUCUGCCACCCUUUGCGUUAUACCCUUAUCAUGAACUGGAGGCUUUGUGUCCAGCUGGCCCUGGGGUCUCUGCUGUUAGGGUUCAUCUUGGCCAUGCAGCUGACCGUACUCAUCUUCCGACUGCCUUUCUGCAGCAGCAAAGAAAUCAGCAUGUUCUAUUGCGAUGUCCUCCCUGUCAUGAGACUGGCCUGUGCAGACACCCAGCUCCACGAGGCCACUCUCUUUGUGGUCAGCAUCACUGUCCUCACCAUCCCCUUCCUGCUCAUCUCUGUCUCCUACGUCUUCAUUGUGGCUGCCAUCCUGAAGAUCCGCUCAGCAGGAGGCAGGCGCAAGGCAUUCUCCACCUGCUCCUCCCACCUGACUGUGGUCCUCCUGCAGUACGGAUGUGGAAGCCUCAUCUACUUGUGCCCCAGCUCUAGCUACUCUCCCGAGAGGGGGCAGGUAGUAUCUGUGGUUUACACCUUCAUCACCCCUGUACUGAACCCCUUGAUCUACAGCAUGAGGAACAGAGAGCUCAAGGAUGCUUUGAAGAGAGCAAUGAUAAAGUUCCUGCUGCUGGGGGACCAGCAGUUAGCGUAA